AUGAUGCGCUUUGGGAAGAGCAGUGUUGGCCCAGCAGAGCCCGGCCCCAGCAGCCAGGGGACGGAGGGGAACAUGGGGAGCAGGUCCAGUGAUGGUCAGAAGGCCCUGGCUGCACAAAACAUGAACAACUGCAACAACAAUGAUGGCAAAAAGGACGACAAGAAAGACGAGAAAAAAGACGACAAGAAAGACGAGAAAAAAGACGAGAAAAAAGACGACAAGAAAGAUGACAAGAAAGACGACAAAAAAGACGACAAAAAGGAUGACAAGAAAGACGAUAAGAAGGAUGAUAAGAAAGAUGACAAGAAAAAGGAUGAGAAAAAAGAAGAACCGAAGGAGGUGUGGAUCAUGGACCCUGCCACAGAUACAUACUACUACUGGUUGUGCACAAUAUCCGUCCCAGUGUUCUACAACCUGAUGCUCCUAGUGGCCAGGUCUUGUUUUAAUGAACUGCAGUAUAGCUAUUUGACAACGUGGCUGGUUUUGGACUACGUUUCUGAUCUCCUUUACUGCAUUGACACCUUUGUAAGAAUCAGGACAGGUUUUCUGGAGCAAGGUCUUCUUGUAAGGGAUGACAAGCUCUUGCUAGAGAGGUACAAGAAGACACGGCAGUUCAGAUUGGAUGUCUUGUCACUCCUUCCCACAGAUAUUUUAUUCUGCGUUGUUGGAAUUAACAAUCCAGAGUUGAGGUUCAACCGUCUUUUCAGGUUGGCCCGACUAUUUGAGUUCUUUGACCGGACUGAAACCCGAACAAAUUUCCCCAACAUCUUCAGAAUUGGAAAUCUUGUACUUUACAUCAUCAUCAUUAUCCACUGGAAUGCUUGCCUCUACUUUGCCAUCUCCAAGAUGCUUGGCUUCGGCUCGGACACCUGGGUAUAUCCAGACAUCAAAAAACCUGUGAAUGCACGCCUGCUCAGACAGUACAUCUACUGCUUUUACUGGUCCACUCUUACCCUGACCACAAUUGGUGAGACACCACCUCCAGUCCGAGAUGUUGAAUACUUUUUUGUGGUGUCUGACUUCCUCACUGGGGUUCUGAUCUUUGCUACAAUUGUCGGCAAUGUUGGUGCCAUGAUUUCCAACAUGAGUGUUGCACGUGCGGAGUUCCAGGCUAAGGUUGACUCUAUCAAGCAAUACAUGCAGUUUCGAAAGGUUACCAAAGACUUGGAGACAAGGGUUGUGAAGUGGUUCGACUACCUGUGGACAGAGGAGAAAACCUGCGAUGAGAAGCAAGUCCUAAGGAACCUGCCCGACAAGCUUAAGGCUGAAAUAGCCAUCAACGUCCACCUGGAGACUUUAAAAAAAGUGCGUAUCUUUCAAGAUUGUGAAGCAGGUUUGCUAGUUGAGUUGGUCCUUAAGCUUCAGCCACAAGUUUUCAGUCCUGGGGACUACAUCUGCAAGAAGGGGGACAUUGGCAGGGAAAUGUAUAUCAUCAAAGGAGGAAAGCUGGCGGUGGUAGCAGAUGAUGGGGUUACCCAGUUUGUGGUCCUCAGUGAUGGGGCAUACUUUGGAGAAAUCAGCAUCCUUGGAAUCAAGGGCAGUAAGGCAGGAAACCGAAGGACAGCCAACAUCCGAAGUGUGGGCUACUCUGAUCUGUUCGCGCUGUCCAAGGACGAUCUGAUGGAGGCGCUCACUGAGUAUCCUGAUGCUAAAUAUGCUCUGGAGGAGAAGGGACGGGCCAUCCUGAUGAAAGACAAUCUCAUAGAUGAGAAUCUGGUCAAUGCCGUCGAGGCUUCUGAAUUGGAGGACAAAGUCAACAAGAUUUUUUCCAGUUAUGAGGUCAUGUCAACCAAAUUUCGAAAGCUGACGGCACAUUAUGAAUCUUCCCAGCGUAAACUCAAGCAGCGCCUCACUAAUCUAUCAAACCAGGUCCGAACCUUCAGAGGAGACGAUGAAUAGGCUUGGCUUGCACUACUACUGCCAAUCUUAGGGACCUUUCCACUUCAAGACAUUCCUUCUGAGGUCAUCCAAUGGCAUUAACCUUAGUACAUAACAAAUGAGCAGCUGCUGGAUGUACCGUAUAUGGUUGAAUGUAACGGUAGCCUUGAACCUUUUAUUCAGAGGGCUGGGUAGCUCGAUGCUUACUAAAGUACAAGGUGAAUUAUGUCCCUAUUUACUAGUUAUGUGCCAAUGAAGCCUCAUGAACCAUUUUCUUCAUUUUCUGACUCCACUAGAUGGUAAAUGGUAAAUGGGCCUGCACUUGUAUGGUGCUUUUCUAGUCGCUUUACGACCACUCAUAGCGCUUUACACUACAGACUGCGCUCAUUCACCCGUUCACACACACAUUCAUACUGGUGACAGAGGCUACCAUAAACGGUGCCACCUGCCACCAUUGGGAAUUCAUUCACACACCGAUUACUGCAGCAUCGGGAGCAAUUUGGGGUUCAGUAUCUUGCUCAAGGAUACUACGACAUGUAGGCUGCCAUGUUCAGGAAUCGAACCACCAACCAUCCGAUCAGUUGGUAACCCGC